AGUCGUCCGAUCAAAACAGAUCUAUGUACGUAAAUUGUCGAACGGUUGGGAGAUGAAACCCCUGUAACUUAUCUGUGGAAUCAGCUCCUGCCGAUUAAAUUUUUUUUUCAACGGCGGACCAGUGCUGACGUAUCAGAGACCCUUCCCUCCCUCCUCAUUUCUCUCAUCUCCUCUGAUCAUUAUUUUCGUUUCUCUCUGAUCUGAUUGUGAGAUUUUUUUAAUUUCCAUGGCUGCUCCACCUGCAAGAGCCCGAGCUGAUUACGAUUUACUCAUAAAGCUCCUCCUGAUCGGCGAUAGCGGAGUUGGCAAGAGUUGCCUCCUAUUGCGUUUCUCUGAUGGGUCCUUUACCACCAGUUUUAUUACAACAAUUGGAAUUGAUUUUAAGAUAAGGACAAUAGAGCUUGAUGGAAAAAGAAUUAAACUACAAAUUUGGGAUACCGCUGGUCAAGAGCGGUUUCGAACAAUUACUACAGCUUAUUAUCGUGGAGCCAUGGGAAUUUUGCUGGUUUACGAUGUCACAGAUGAAUCAUCUUUCAACAACAUCAGGAAUUGGAUCCGUAACAUUGAACAGCAUGCUUCUGACAAUGUGAACAAGAUUCUGGUGGGUAACAAGGCCGACAUGGAUGAAAGCAAAAGGGCUGUACCCACCUCAAAGGGCCAAGCUCUUGCUGAUGAGUAUGGCAUCAAGUUCUUUGAGACUAGUGCAAAGACCAACUUGAAUGUGGAGGAGGUUUUCUUUUCAAUAGCAAGGGACAUUAAACAAAGGCUUGCUGAUACUGACUCAAAGGCAGAGCCUCAGUCACUCAAAAUUAGCCAACAUGAUCAAGCAGGUGGUGCUGCUGAAGCUGCCCCAAAAUCAUCUUGCUGCGGUUCGUAAGCAAGCAAAAUCUGGAAUCUGUGCCACUGAGAUGACAUGGGUACAUUAUCGAACUGACCAUUUUGGUUGGGAAAGCUGAUUUUGUUACAAAUAUUUCAUUGGUGCUUGUAUUGUUCUAUCAUUAUUUUACAACAACUACACGUUUUCUUGUGGAGGAUAGAUCAUCUGUGUUUUGCAUAAUUAAUUAUAUUAUAUUAGUCUCUUUAUCCUUCUUCAA